AUGGCCGAAGAACGAAGGAAAAAAUUAGCGAUGCUCGACUCGAAAAGAAAAAGACGAAAUACAGAACAAACAGCUAUCACAGAAAACUUGGACGAGUUGGGUAGGCACGGCAUCCCUCGUUCCCAGGGCUUCUCGGAUGACUACCAAUAAGAGAUAAUCCUCACUGGGCCUCCAGGAAGAACAGUUUAGAACUGAUAGAGCUAUCCAGUAUAAAUAAAGUUAGUUUAGGUUUCCUCCUGUAGUAACACUGGAUCAAUAAGAGAGGAUUCUUACUGGACCUCCAGGGAGAACAGUUUAGAACUGAUAGAGCUAUCCAGUAUAAAUAAAGUUAGUUUAGUUUAGGUUUUCUCCUGUAGUAACACUGGAUCAAUAAGAGAUGAUCCUUACAGGACUUCUAGGGAGAACAAUUUAGAACUGACAGAGCUAUCCAGUAUGAAUAAUUCUUCUAAAUUCGUCCACUGAUUUUUGUUUAGGAAACUUCUUAGAGAAAUACUGUAUUAUCAAAAAACCAGAUCUAACCAUUUAUAAAAAUAUCUUUGAGAAGGUAGGUGUCUUACCCUCAGCAUUAGUUUGGGUUCGUUUCUUUUGUGAGAUAUUCAGGAAUAGAUUUUCUUCAGUAAAUAUUUUGAGUUUCGGACUCCAAUUGGAGAUUUGUUUAUCACUAACUACUUUUAUCAACAGUUUGAUGAAGAUCGCGAUGGGUUUCUGUGGCCUGAAGAAGUUUUGGAAGCUUUGGAAAAUGUCAACGCAAAACUUUUAAAUGACGCACAUUUGCGCUAU